AUGGCUGUGUUCUCAGCCCUAUACGGCGCAGGCCAUGUUAUCUUUUCUAGGGCGUUCGUAUCCCUGCCCGUGCCUAUUGGCACCCCGGAUCUACCCAAUCAGACCAUCAUUGUGACUGGCGCCAAUACAGGUCUCGGCUUCGAGGCAAGCCAACAUCUAGCGCGCCUCGGCGUCGGCAAACUGGUCCUUGCGGUCCGGACUUUAUCAAAGGGUGAGGAUGCGAAGAAGCAGAUUAUCGACUCUACCGGAGCUUCCGAUUCCAGUAUUGAGGUCUGGCCUCUUGAUAUGGACAGCUAUGAGUCCAUCAAGCUAUUCGCUGGCCGAGCAUCUCUACUUCCACGACUUGACGGCGUCUUGGCGAACGCCGGUGUCAUGACGACCAAGUUUGAUCUCAGCGAAGGCAAUGAGAAAACCAUCAACGUCAAUGUCAUCAGCACCUUUUUGUUGUGUCUUCUCCUAUUGCCUGCCAUGCGAGCAUCUGAGAAAACCACCGGGUACACUUGUCGCUACGUCAUCCCCAACAGCGCACUGCACUACAUGGCGCCGCUAGCCGAAUUGGAGCCAAAUGGCCACGCCAUCCUUAGCCAGCUCAACAAUCGCGAGACAUCAAACAUGAGCGGCCGAUACCCACUCAGUAAGCUAUUAGUGCUUUAUGCUGUCCGUGAAUUUGCCCAUAGGACCACAUUGUCGGGCAAGGGAGCCUGCAUCAUCAACACGCCAAACCCAAGUUUCUGCAAGUCCAACUUGGCAAGGGAAUCUCAAGGUAGCAAAGGCUUUCAAGUUGCGGAAAGCGUCAUGGCCAGAUCAACUGAGGAGGGAAGCCGAGUCCUUGUUCAUGCUCUACUCACCAACGAGGAUACAAAUGGGCAAUACCUGUCUAACUGCAAGGUUGAGAGGUGA